AUGUCGCUGGCAGGACAAAUUUGGGAUUAUGGGGCCGGGGUUGUGGAUGUUGGGAUGACAGAGGAGUUCUCCACCUACUUCAUGGCAUAUGCAGUGGCAUGUAUAUCUGAUUCGACAGAGCUAUUGCCAUCUUUUGAUGAUGAUGAGGAGCAACACCCACAGAGGCCAGGGGGAGCUAGACAGAGAGAGGAGUAUAAGGGAGAGGAGGUAGGAGAGGGAGGUGGAGGAGGUGGUAGAGGAUAUGGGGGUGGAGGUGAUGGAGGAGGUAGAGGUGGAGCUAAAGGUCGAAGUGGUCGAGGAGGUCUCGUUCUUAGUGCGGGUGGGGGUGGUAGGCUAGGUGCAGUGUUAGCUAUUGUGGGAGGAAUAGAGGAUGAUAGGCAACCUGCCCAGAGGAAGAGAUCUAAUGUUCUAUCUCCAACGAUGCCUUAG